AUGGAUCAAAACCCCCAGAAGCCUCGGGAUGAUGCAUCAGACAAGGCGGCUCCUCGCCCCGUAGAGGAGCCGUACCGCUACCCUACUGCAAGCGAGUCGCCGCGGGAGCAGCGCACAACUCACAGUCCAUCACAUACUCAUUCGAUAUCACGAUCUGAACCUUCCCCCAUCGAGAAGCCUUUUGUUUCUUGGUCAGGGUCUGAUAGGAACAGAGACGUUUCCGACAGCCCCAUUGCCCGCAGUCAUUCAGCCCAGCAGCCACCGCCCCAGGAUAGGCAAUUACCCACGCCCACCAGGAGUGUUGGCAGCCUCUCACACCUUUCACUUUCUGACCCAUUUUCAUUGAUGAAUGAGACCGAAGCACACUUGUUUAGACACUAUGUACAACACUUGGGAGUUUGUCUUGAUUUGACUGACCCAUUGCGAAAUUUUGAGCUUGUGGUACCACAGCGUGCGACCAUGUCUCCAACCCUGCUCAAAGCCAUUUUUGCCAUUGCCGCCAGGCAUCUGAGCCAGACAAGUGAUUAUGACCCGUUGGCCUCCAAUAGGUAUCACGAUGAAUGUCUUGGGUACCUCAUCCCCAUGCUGGAUAACUCUUUUACUGUAUCUGAUGAAAACCUUUUCGCUGCUACAAUCAUCUUGAGGAUGCUUGAAGAAAUGGAUGCCAGUUCAGGCCAGGACAAUCAUGGUCACCUCCUAGGCAUUCAUGCUUUCGUGAAUGUUGGAGAUCAAAUCAUGCUGCCAGGUAGUCUGAGCGCAGCGUCAUAUUGGGUUGGUCUACGCCAGGAGAUUUAUAGUGCCAUGAGCACUCAGGCGCCUGUGAAAAUCCGCCUUGAUCAUUUCAUUGUUGACCGCUCCUUUGAGCCCACUGACGACUAUUCGUGGUCAAACCGGGCGGUGGUAAAUCUUGCCGAUGUUUUGAAUUUUUGCUUUUCCGAGACGGCCCAGCCAAACUCUCGAUGGACGUACCUGAACGACCAAUGCACUCGCUGGGAUGAGACGCGACCCCCAUCCUUUGAACCUUUUUAUUUUCGGGAGCAAGGUGUUGCAGAUGCAUUUCCGCAAAUCUGGUAUCACUCGAGUUGUCAUGUUGUCGGGGUACAGCAUCACAUCCUGGCCCAGUUAUUGUUGGCGCAGUUUGAUCCUGCAAUACCGAGAGUUGGUACCAAGAGGGCUGCCGCUGUAAAGGCCAUAGCGAAACGAGUCGACUAUUUGAUGCGACAGAUAUGUGGGAUUGGGUCAUGCAAUCAAUGGACGCCCCCGGCUUUAUUUACUGCGUCCAUGGGGAUUGCCAUGUUUGGCGAUCAAUUCGAAAACAGGUCAGACCAGGAGGCAAUGUUAGACGUGCUCAAAAAGACAGAAACGAACCAUGCACGUCCUACAAAGGCAAUACAGCAGCAGCUUAUGAGGGUGUGGGGGUGGAUGACGGACUACGAGCAUGGCUAG